AGCUGCUUCCCCAGGGCCCGUCCGUCGGGGGGACGAGAGCGGAGCGCGCGGGGCCAGGGCGGCGGGAUGGGGCUGUCGAGGCGGGCGGCCUCUUGCGCGGCGCUGCUGCUGCUGACGGCCCUCCUGGCGGUGGGCGCGGGGCUGCUGCUGCUGCUCUACCUCGGCCGGCCCAGGUGCGACCCUCCCCGCUAUUGGCACGCGGCUGUGGCCGCGGACACCCGCAGGUGCUCGGAGGUCGGCAGGGACAUCUUAAAACGUGGCGGCUCAGCCGUAGACGCUGCUAUUGCAGCCUUGGUCUGCACGUCCGUCCUGAAUCCACAGAGCAUGGGCCUGGGUGGAGGCAUUAUUUUCACCAUCUAUGAUGCACCGACAGGAAAAAUUGAGGUGCUCAAUGCUCGUGAAAGGGCUCCCCAAAACAUCACUGAAGGUUUGCUGAAACAGUGUAGAAACACGUUGCUUCCAGGGUCUCAAUGGAUUGCUGUUCCUGGAGAACUUCGUGGUUAUGAAGAAGCUCACCGGCGCUACGGUAGAUUGCCGUGGAAGGAUCUUUUUGAACCCACCAUCGAGAUGCUUGGCCUUGGGAUCAGGGUAUCAGACGUUUUGAGCCAGUUUCUGAAAAUCUUAGCGCCGCAUUUGAAUAAUUCAUCCUCAUGCCGGCUGCUUUGUAAUGACCGAGGAGCUGUCCUGAGCAGCGGGGAGGCCUUACAUUGGGCAGCCCUAGAGAAGACCCUGAAAGCCGUGGCAGAAAACGGGGCCGCAGAAUUCUACUCUGGGAGGACGGCGGAAAAGUUAGUGCAAGACGUCAGAGCGGAAGGUGGCACCUUGACCUUGGAGGACCUCAAGAAUUAUCACAUUGAACUGAUGAAACCUGUGAAUAUGUCACUGGACAAGUACACGAUAUUCUCAGCCCCAAGGCCAGCAGCCGGAUCAGUCCUCUUCUUCAUUCUCAAUGUCCUAAAAGGGUUCAAUUUCACCAAAGUGGAUCUGGAAGAACCAAACAGAAGAGCAAGGGCCUAUCACUACAUCGCGGAGACCUUGAAGUUUGCCAAUGGCCAAAGAGCAAAAUUAGAUGACCCGAAAUUUUCUGAAAUAAAAGAGGAAGUUCUCCAGGAGAUGAUGUCGGAUGCCUUUGCUGACCACAUCAGGCAGUUGAUCGACGGCCGGGGAGACCACCCAACCAGCCACUAUGACCCGGCCCAGCUGAAAACGGCCCCUUUCGGCACCUCCCACGUGGCUGUUUUGGCAGAAGACGGGAGUGCUGUGUCAGCCACCAGCACCAUCAACCACCCGUUUGGCUCAAUGGUCUAUUCGCAGCAAACUGGAAUCAUCUUAAACAACGAGCUGGCUGAUUUUUGCAUGAAGCGCUCUAGCAAAAGCAUUUCUCCAGGAGAGAUGCCUCCCUCUUCCAUGGCACCGUCCAUUCUUCUUUCCAAAGAUGGGAAGUCCAAGCUGAUAAUAGGGGGCUCAGGUGGGCCUCUCAUUAUCGCUGCUGUAGCCCAGGCCCUCGUCAAUAAAUUAUGGUUUGGAUACAAUCUGGAUCGAGCCAUUGAAGCGCCCAUCCUCGCCGCCUCUGGAGAUGGCUCCAUUCAAGUGGAGAAGCAAUUUCCGCAGAACCUCACGGCGGCUUUGAUCACCAUGGGGCACUCAGUCAACACCCCAUCGUACGUCAUGAAUGUGGUGCAGGGCAUCUCCCAGGAGGACUCCUGUAUCUUCCCUUAUUCUGAUUGGAGGAAGCAAGGAGAAGCCUCAGGCUACUAGAAGCCGGAAGAAGCUCUGCUAAACUCUGCGGCAACCUGGUCUUCUUCUCUGGCGCUUCCGCCAUCGGCCUCUGCAGAGGCUGCUGCAAGGAACUUUGGAUGCAUUCCUAGGCAAACCACACACACACACACACACACACACACACACACACA